UCCGAACAAUAGAACGAUACAAAGUGCGCGGGCAUCGCUAACCGAUCCGUUUUCAAGUGUAUUACGAAUUCAGCCCUCGUCGAGUUCUCGUUGCGCGAACCUGCAAUUUCACGCGACUCUUUCGCUCGCGAUUCCGUCGCUUUUUCGCGAGGAAUCUUCAAGACCGAGCGGGGGAUCCUCGGUCGGACAAUCGAACGAAGAAAAUACGGGAAUCUGUACGCGCGAGUGCGUUACACCUCCUCAAGAUCGAAUGCAACCAUAACGACGGAGAGCUCGCGGAAGUGAAAAAAAUGUCGCUAACUAUGUGUCCCUAGAGAACAAUUUCUCCGAUUGGAGCGCGCGUCGUCGUCGUGCAUUGAAUAUCGGGCGUAUCGAUAUGGGCCGGAUUUCGCUUAACGAUCGCAACUACGCGAACGUCGUUCUAUCUUUGUUUCUCGCUGAACGUUAAAUGAAGAUUUAACGACGCUCACGUCGUUAAGUGGAACCAUGGUGUUGCGUGUGCGCGUCACCUCGGUUAUUUUUUCUAUCACGUGACGCCGCCUUCUUUGACACAUGAUAACGCGCGCGAUGCGAUGUUCGCGAUGCCCCGUCGGGCCCUUCGCCGUCGAAUGAGAAGAAUAGCGUUUUUUACAUGACCAGCCUGCCCCGCGCGGAUCAUACGGCUCGCGUCCUAGAUGCAAUACACGCUCCUAAGAACUGAAAAUGAAGAGGAGUGCGAUAAUGAAUUGGCAUCCCGCCAGAAGAAAACCACCGGUCAACUGGGAAGGAAGUACUUUACCGUGCUGGCGAUACUUGGUACAUUGUUCCUAGGCUAUGUCGCGAUAGCGAAUGACUUAAAACCAAUCAGGAUAGGUAGUAAAGCUAUUGACUCGUUAGCGUUCUCGUUUAAUUUACAAAAACCCUUCUACGUUGUUGUCAUUGACGCCGGUUCCACCGGCAGCCGUGUGUUGGCGUUCAACUUUCACGAGUCCAUUCUUAACGGCAAUUUGAUACUGGAUGGCGAGUUGUUCAGCGAAGUCAAGCCUGGGUUGAGCUCGUUUGCGGACAAGCCGGUGGAUGCCGCGAGGUCUCUCACCGUGCUCUUAAACAAAGCCAAGACGGUGAUCCCUCAAACGGAUUGGCCUCGCACAAUGCUCACUAUGAAGGCCACUGCGGGAUUGAGAUUAUUGCCGGAGCACAAAGCCAAUGCCAUAUUGGAAGAAUGCAGGAAGCUCUUCCAAACAUCUGGAUUUCAGGUCUCGAAGAACUCGAUUUCCAUCAUGGAAGGCACGGACGAAGGGAUCUUCUCCUGGUUCACCGUCAAUUUCCUGUUAGACCGCUUUACCUCACUCAGCUCUCAGGCCACUGUGGCUGCGCUGGACCUCGGCGGGGGAUCGACGCAAAUCACGUAUCAGCCGGACGGUAUUCAAGCUAAGAAACUGGAGAAGCACGUCUACUCCAUCAAUGUAUUCAACCAUAAUAUGAGUCUGUACACGCACAGUUACCUGGGCAUGGGGCUGAUGGCCGCCCGGAAGGCGAUUUUAACACACAAUACGAAUCCGGAGGAUGCGGAUUCCAAGCUGCCAAUAGAGAUACAUUCGGAAUGCGUGAAUCCAAUCGUGUCCGCGGAAUGGUCUUACGGCGGGCGCGACUACAUCGUGAAGGGUCCGAUGAAUGGCACGUAUAAACUGGUGAAGACUCAGAAUUUCGCCGGCGGGGAUGAGAACAAGCCGGUGGUGCGCUUUUCGGAAUGCCUGAAGAUCAUUGAGAAAUACGUCGGCACCCUCGCGGAUAAGCCGAUAGGCUUGAAGGAUCACGAAGUAUACGCGUUCUCGUAUUACUUCGAGCGUGCGACGGAGGUGGCGUUGAUAGAUCCAUUCUUGGGGGGUGUAGUGCAACUCGGUGCUUUCUUGAAGCAAGCCAUGGAGACGUGUGACUAUCCGAACACGGAUCAACCGUUCAUGUGCUUAGAUCUGACAUUUAUUUAUGUAUUGCUGAGGAACGGAUUCGGCUUGGAACCGUCGACGAAAUUAUACCUUUAUAAGAAGAUCAACGGCCACGAAUUAAGUUGGGCUCUGGGCGCCGCGUUCAAUGUUCUUCAAAAUGGACUUUGACGAAUAUAGAAAGGUUAUUUAAAGAAAAAAUAACAUAUUACAAUAGGAGAGAUCCUCAAUAUGUUAUUAGUUACAUGCUGUUAUUUAGAUGUAGGUUUUUUUUCCAAAUUUACUAUCAACUGAAGAGAUAGAAAUGGUAGAAGUACAGGAUAUAUAACCUGUAAUUUAAGGGAGAAGGGAUAUCCCGAAAAACACUCGUUAAUGGCACUUAUGGAUUUUUGUACAAAAACUUUGGAUAUAUAUCGAGACAUUCGAUACUUGUACAUUACCGAUGUCUACCACACAAUUGCCUAACAUUUUAACCAUAACAACCUAUUUUUUAAUAUUACUUCUAUGACAUGAGAGAAAAAAAAACAGUAUUUAAUCUGUGUAUUUUUAGGUACAAAUGUAAUAUAUUUUUAUCUGAAAUAUCUCUACAAAUGGGAGACAUAUCGCCGUACAUUUGUGAUAGUUUGUCAUAAGAUUUGUAACUGUUUUACCGGAAUGUGUAUUCAAUGGUAUUUGGUUAAUCUAUCACAUUUGUUUUUUUGAUCUUCUCUAGACGAUACAAAGGAUAUAUAUAUAUAUAUAUUUU